GCACCGUGCAGAGAAGCAUUGAUCGUGUAUACCACUAACAAGGAACUUCUCUAUGAACUGGUUGUGUCACACGUCAUUCUUUACAGCCCACUUGUUUUGAAAGCCGAAUGUGAGAUGUGCACUGGGGUUGGGUUAGACGGGGCCUUUGUGGAUUGGUCCGUUAUUUUUUUAAUUAUUUAUGUCAUUGUUGUACAUAUCACACAGAAGUUAUUAUUUACAUGUUGUGGUAGCGUAUGAUGACAAGGUAUCAUGGGCUAAGGCGGCGGGAUGUAGCAUAGCCAAUUUCCUGCAUAAACAACGAAGGUGACAUCGAUCUCUGAUUGACAAAGGAGAUAAAUGCAGAUGGGAUGAAACUUAUAUAUUCUCAAUAUCAGUAAUCAACGCAAAGAAGUUCCUAGAUUUCGAGUGGAAUUCUCUCUCUCUCUCUCUCUCUCUCUCUCUUGCUCUCUCUCUUUCUCUCCUUCUCUCUCGCUCUUCACCUCACGGAUUGUGUUUCUCGCCUCUCAAACUUUCAAGCAUCCACGAGAGAUACAACCCGCAAACAUAAUGGGGAGGGGGAGGUCAUCAACAUGCGACAAUCUUCGGCUAUCUCCACCGAUUGCAGUCCUUGUCAUUCUCAGCUUCUUCACAUCCAUGGCCGCAGCAUCAGAUCCUGACCCUCUCCAGGAUUUCUGCGUUGCAGACCUGUCAAGUCCUAUCUUCAUCAACGGAUUUCCGUGUAAGGAUCCAGCUAAAGUAACCUCCAACGACUUCACCUUUCGUGGGCUUCGAAAACAAGGAAAUUUGAGCUCAUCGUUCGGCGCUCCACUGCAAACAGCUUUCGUGACGAAUUUUCCAGGUAUCAACACGCAAGGGAUCUCGUGGGCGCGUCUGGACUUCGCACCCAAGGGCGGUCUCAAUGUGCCCCACUGGCACCAACGCGCAACCGAAAUUCUAUUCUGUCAGGAAGGCCAGCUCCUAGUGGGCUUCGUCGACACAGAAAACAAGCUGUGGUCGAGCGUCUUGCAGAAGGGCGACAUCACUGUCUUCCCACGAGGUCUGAUGCAUUUCCAGCUGAAUGUUGGCAAGACUCCAGCGAUCGCACAGCUCUCUCUCAACAGCCAGGCCCCAGGUCGAUCAGACAUUGGUGCAUCCACGUUCAACAAAGACGUCAUCAACCAGAUUCUGGAGAAAGCAUUUGGCCUCGACCCUGACAUUGUAAACCAACUAAAGUCGUUUUUCCAGAUGACCCAGAUGCAACCUCUCGGCACCUGCCCAUGCCCAGUAGGGGAGUUUACCGAUAUCCAGAACAUCGAAGGUCUCGGCACUUGUCCAUGCUCAACAGACUCACCCAUGUAAUUCUAGCUUCUGGGUUGCCUGUCAAUAAACGGUUGUGAACUUUGCAUCAACCACAUAAAUGGCAUCGAUCUCAGUCCAGACGCGGUACUAUUGAUCAUUGCUACUACGUUGGUUAACGUCUGUAACAUCUCACUAGGUCACCACGACGUACAAGACGGAGAAGCUCGAGAGCCGAGAAAGCAGUAUGACUGAACAGGCCAAUUCCAACAGUCUCUACGUAUCUGUUGUGUUGGUGCAGGCUAGUUUGUAAACUAUCUGAUGGAUUAGAAACCAUGUUGCUCUGUCCAGGUUUUGUAUCUGAUACCUCAUGGCUCAGAGGCUCUGGAGGCCAAUGGAGAUGCCAUUGCUCGAUACAGUGCCCAGAUUCUUUGCUUCUCAUUUGUUUUCAUUUGUUCUCAUCGGUGGCUGGCUCGGUGCCAACUGGUGCUCCUUGAAAUAAAGUGACCUAAAGUAAACGAAUA